UCGGAGCUGCCCGCUGGGGGAGAGAAAAAGGGGGGAGAGAGAGGGAGAAGAGUGAGAGAGAGAGAGAAAGAGAGAGAGAAAGAGAGCGAGUGAGGAGAGGGAGCCCGAGGCGAAAAAGUAACUGUCAAAUGCGCGGCUCCUUUAACCGGAGCGCUCAGUCCGGCUCCGAGAGUCAUGGCGACCGCAGCGUCUAACCACUACAGCCUGCUCACCUCCAGCGCCUCCAUCGUGCACGCCGAGCCGCCCGGCGGCAUGCAGCAGGGCGCGGGGGGCUACCGCGAGGCGCAGAGCCUGGUGCAGGGCGACUACGGCGCGCUGCAGAGCAACGGGCAUCCGCUCAGCCACGCUCACCAGUGGAUCACCGCGCUGUCCCACGGAGGCGGCGGCGGCGCAGGCGGCGGCGGCGGGGGCGGGGGCGGCGGCGGGGGCGGUGGCGACGGCUCCCCUUGGUCCACCAGCCCCCUGGGCCAGCCGGACAUCAAGCCCUCGGUGGUGGUGCAGCAGGGCGGCCGCGGCGACGAGCUGCACGGGCCGGGCGCCCUGCAGCAGCACCCACAGCAGCAGCAGCAGCAGCAACAGCAGCAGCAGCAACAGCAGCAACAGCAGCAGCAGCAGCCACGGCCGCCGCAUCUGGUGCACCACGCCGCCAACCACCACCCGGGGCCCGGGGCAUGGCGGAGCGCAGCGGCCGCAGCUCACCUCCCGCCCUCCAUGGGCGCGUCCAACGGCGGCUUGCUCUACUCGCAGCCCAGCUUCACGGUCAACGGCAUGCUGGGCGCCGGCGGGCAGCCGGCCGGGCUGCACCACCACGGCCUGCGGGACGCGCACGACGAGCCGCACCACGCCGACCACCACCCUCACCCGCACUCUCACCCGCACCAGCAGCCGCCGCCGCCACCGCCCCCGCAGGGCCCGCCGGGCCACCCGGGUGCGCACCACGACCCGCACUCAGACGAGGACACGCCGACCUCGGACGACCUGGAGCAGUUCGCCAAGCAAUUCAAGCAGCGGCGGAUCAAACUAGGAUUUACCCAAGCGGACGUGGGGCUGGCGCUGGGCACCCUGUACGGCAACGUGUUCUCGCAGACCACCAUCUGCAGGUUUGAGGCCCUGCAGCUGAGCUUCAAGAACAUGUGCAAGCUGAAGCCUUUGUUGAACAAGUGGUUGGAGGAGGCAGACUCAUCCUCGGGCAGUCCCACGAGCAUAGACAAGAUCGCAGCGCAGGGGCGCAAGCGGAAAAAGCGGACCUCCAUCGAGGUGAGCGUCAAGGGGGCUCUGGAGAGCCAUUUCCUCAAAUGCCCCAAGCCCUCGGCCCAGGAGAUCACCUCCCUCGCGGACAGCUUACAGCUGGAGAAGGAGGUGGUGAGAGUUUGGUUUUGUAACAGGAGACAGAAAGAGAAAAGGAUGACCCCUCCCGGAGGGACUCUGCCGGGCGCCGAGGAUGUGUUCGGGGGGAGUAGGGACACGCCACCACACCACGGGGUGCAGACGCCCGUCCAGUGAACUCGAGCUGGGGGAGGGGCAGAGCGCGGGGCUCCCCCCUCCCCUUUGGCCUGUGGCUCUAGCCCGGCCUCCCUUGUUCACCCUCUCUUAACUUCUGAUUGUUCUUUUAUUUUUAAUUAUUAUUCCCCCCCCUU